UUCAUACAAUGCGUCAGCAGAUCAAUGUCAAAAUAGUCGAUAUCUGUCAGUUGAUAUCGCGUCGGGCCGAUGCAAAUGUCCUGCUCGUACAUUUUGGAAUGGAACAUUCUGUUUAAAUCAAAGAUUUACUGGUGAUACUUGUCAAGCGAACGACUGGUGUCGAAAUGAUUUGAGUAUCAGUUGCGUAUCAUCAACAUGUCUAGUCAUUCCAACCACGACCACGACAACUUCAACAACUACACUCGUUGCGACAUGUACAACUCUGAUUACAUUUGAUGACAUUCCCGGUCAAUCAAGUACAUCAGGUAUCAUCCCUAAUGGUUAUAAGAAUCUGAAUUGGACGAACGCUGAUUAUAUAAAUGCAUCAACAACUCCAAUUGGAAGUGGAUAUCGCACUGCUCUUGGUAGUCAAGCUUUUCUCAUGUAUAACGCAAAUGGAUUUAACUUCACAAUUUCAUCAGCAAAUGGAACUCGGUUUUCUUUUGAUUCUUUUCUUUAUAACAGCGCUUGGUACGAUUUUCUCAGUUUUGACUUUUCGACCCGGCGUGCUGGUCAAGUGACGUCUGGCAACAUUUUCACAGCAGCACGUACAUACAGAUCACGAGUGUAUUGUAAUUUUUGCACAAAUGUGGAUACAUUGGUAUUUAACAUAAAAAACGGAUCAAUGACUACUAAUCAAACGCAGAAUGGAACUCAGUUGAUACUUGCCAAUCUGUGCAUCUCUUUUGGACGUUAA